AGUGUUGUCCUGUCAUCAUGCUCGGUCGUCGUAGAGGCCCCACAGGUACAGCCAGAAGGUCUUCAGGGAACAACAACAGCAAUGCUCAUAAGACCUGGAAGGAGACCAUGUCUGAGUCGGAGGACUCUGAUAUUGGCGACUUGGCUUCUGCAGUGGCGGAUGCCAGGAAGAGGGAAACCACAGUGAAGCGAGCCUCACAGUAUGACGAUGAUACGAGUUCGGAGUCUAGUGACAUGCGUAUUAUGAGCGAUAGUGAGGACAAGCAGCCCAAGGGCGGUGAAACGGUGAAGUCAGCUAAGAAAAGAGGGGAGACACCUAAAACGGAAAGUCGUGGAAAGGGUCCGGGAAAGCUGAGAGAGACUAAGCGGAAAGAUGGUAGCAGCGCGGCGCGUUCCAAGCCGAAGAGGCGCAAGAGGUAUGCGUGGAUGGACUCGGAUGAGAGUAGCAUAACAGAGAGUAGUAAUUCCUCUGACGAGAGCUCAUCGUCCAGUGAGGACGAUAAGAACAGAGGCGAGUAUAAUAGAUCGGCUUCCUUGUCUCCUACUACUGCCGAGCGUCCGAAACUAACGGAGAAGGCCCUGGAGGAGGGAAGGAAGAUUGCGGCUCGCAUAAAUAUUGUCCGAAACCAAGACGAAUUCUGGCAGUUCGUCGAUGAGCUGGACCCUAAGGUGCCCAUGCACCAAGGAGGCUCCUUGCCCGGCUCUGCAAUGGCCGCUGCUGUUCAUCGGCUCACGGGCUUUGUUUACCAGUAUUACCACACCCCACAGGAGAUGCUCUCGCUGGUCAAGAGCCGUAGUUUGAGGAAGCUCACGGACAUUGUCAAGACUGGCAUAAAGCGGUUUUCUCACAUUUCGACCCAGAUUUCUAAUCUAGACUUAACUACUAUCAUCGUAUCAGUGGCCAAGUUAGGUGUCCACUGUGAUAAGCUCAGCAACGCCAACAACGCUAUGGCAACGAGCUCACAGAAGCAAGGACUAUCGUCAAACGCGUCGGGGACGCCGGCCAAUUCGAAAACUCAAAUGGAAGUCCCUGUCAUUUUCGGGGCCGAGGUUGUCCUGGCCCUAGCGGGAGAAGCUCGACGGAGAGGGCCGGAUGCUUUCUUGCAAGCUGGGCUCAGUCAACUUUGUGAUCUGUGUUGGGGUAUAGCCAAAGCAUUGCAGUGCUGUUGUAACUGUUCACAUGAGCGGCAGAAUGCCCUGGAGUUCAUACAACACGGCCGUAAGGAUCUCGACUCCUUCUACUGUGCCAUCGCUGAUACGUUGUAUCGAUCGGACAUGGACAGUUUAACUAUACCGGAUAUCACCAACAUCUGUAUGGGCUUCUCCCUAGCCCGGUCUAUGGGGAUAGUGUCCACUGAGAAGAGCACUCUAUCACGUCCUGGCACUAUGGAAACGGACGAAGCCAAGGACCCGCCGGCUUACGUUCUCAUGGCCAAAGGCAUUCUCCCGCAAUUGCGGGACAGACUGAGCUAUCGGCCUCACGCUGUGAACGCGUUGGGUGCGCCUCCCUUAUCUGGGGAGCCCCCUGCUCCUGCCUGGCAGCGUACUGGACAGUUCCGUUUGAACCCUCAGCAGACAUGCGACAUCACUUGCAAUCUUGCGCAGAUGGACAUAUACGAUGAACAAGUUUAUAAUCUCAUCGGACAAAUGGCGAUAUUGCCACGACUGAGGGAAUUCGGCGUUCACCAGCUGCGCAGAUUGAGAGAUGCUUUUGACCUGGUCCGACAUGACGGUGAUUAUGAGUUGUUGAAAGCCAUGCGGCAGAGGAUUGGAGGCGCGAGCCAACCCCAUGGGGGGAGGAGGACGGGCGCGGUGAUACACUCGGAGACGGUACGGUAUAUCAAUCAGAGAGAGUUUAUGCGGAGAGUACAGCCUCAGCCCAACUCCUAGUU